UCACUCCUGCAAGUUAUUACUGCCUCAGCCAGCUGCGAACGCCUACUUCCAAAAUACACGUAAUGUUGCUAACCACAGAAAACACCCUUACUAUUUAAAUAGUUAAUACUGACCUGAAUGAUUCAGUAAGGGGAAAAAUUAUGAAAACACAUCGCGUUAAUAUGUGCAUAUUUCUUUAAUUUGUUAGCUACCUAUUUAAAUCACAUGCUGCCGGCUAGUAAAAACAGUAAAGACACCCGUAGUUCUUCAGGUCGUCCUGCCCUAGCGGCUAACGGAGACGUUAGCUAAUGAGGUGAGCUCAGUGCCCCUGGAAGCGCGGCUGUCGCUACAUUUCAGGAAGAAGAAGAAGAAAAAAGAAAAACUCUGUUUUUUGCCUUUUGAUUGGUUGACAGGUUAUCUGUGGCGUCCAGUAGUUAUCACGGGCAGCUUAGGUACGUCCAAUCAGAGGCUCCGGGGGCGGGACAUCCUUUUGUUAAAAUCGAUAUAUCCCAAAUUUAACCGCUGUGAAUGUGUGUUGGUGUAUUGUGUAUCUUUUAAGUGUUUUCUUUGCCAGACACUGUCUGAGAUCAUGUUAGUCAUCUCUUAGCUUUAGCCGUACCCAUCGUCCACUCAGCUUUCUACAAGAAAACCACUGAAGUCCGCGGAUGACAAUAGGCAGCCAAGUUAGCUAAGCUAACCACCGAGCCUGAAGCAUGCCGAAUUUUUGCGCGGCCCCGAACUGUACGCGGAAAAGCACGCAAUCUGAUUUGGCAUUUUUUCGGUUUCCACGGGACCCGGAGAGAUGCAGAAUCUGGGUAGAGAACUGUCGCAGGGCCGAUCUAGAGGCAAAAACAUCAGACCAGUUGAAUAAGCACUACAGACUAUGUGCUAAGCACUUUGACCCGGCUAUGGUGUGCAAAACGAGCCCUUAUCGGACUGUGCUGAAGGAUACGGCAAUUCCAACAAUAUUUGAUCUAACAAGCCAUUUAAAAAAUCCUCACACCAGACAUCGCAAGCGGAUUAAAGAGCUUACUGAAGAAGAUAUACGGAAGAUAAAAGAAAGGAGAUUGGCAUCUUCUAUUGACCAGAUUGCUUCCAAAAAAGAUGCAGUAGAAGAUAGCACAACAACCAAUGAGGAUGAACCUCAGCUGUCCACGGAGGAGAAGGCAUUUCGGGAAUACCUGAGAUCUUUGUUUGAAGCCGUGGUCAUGUUAGGAAAACAAAGCAUACCGUUAAUGCCUCUUAAAGCAUCAGAAACAGAACUUAAACCCAACAACUUCCAGGCCCUCCUAGAUUAUCGCAUGAACGCUGGAGAUGAAGCUUUGAAGAAGCGCUUUGAGGCAACGGCCGUGAACUCUGAAUACCUUUCUGUAACCCAGCAAAGUCAGCUCCUGGACGUUUGUGAGAACACGGUGAGGGAGGAGAUGCUAAUGGAAGUGAGAGAGAGUCGCUUCUUCUCCCUAGUGACAGGCGACCUUGUGGAAUUUGCCAACGAGAAGCACCUGCCUCUGUUUUUACGCUUUGUGAACCAGCAGAACGUCCUCCGAGAGGAGUUUUUGGACUUUGUGCCAUUUGAUGGUGAUGAGCCUGCACUGGUCGAGAGACUGGAGGCCCAGCUGACUGAUCGCUGGGGGCUCAGCAUGGAAGACUGCCGUGGUCAGGCCCAUAAGGCCACUGGGAUUUCCACCACCAAGAUGAAAGCAGUAGCAGUAUUACUGAUGGAGAAGUAUCCCUUGGCAUUGCACAUGCCUUGCUCCCAUAUGGCACUGAACGUUCACCUGACCAACAGCCUUCCAUUCCCUAAUGUCCAGGUGGUCAUGGAAACCCUGAGGAGGAUUGGUGCUUUCUUUCAGACCCAGUCAACUCAGGAUGAGCUCAAGAAAGCCAUCUCUACUCACUACCAGAAGAAUGAAGAGAAAGGAGCUGCACUAAAACAAGCUUGUAGCCCAGGCUGGACAGAAGAACACAACGUCUUUGAUGUGCUGCUGGAUAUGUUGCCACCAUUGCUGCUGUGCAUGGACAAUAUUCGAGACAAUGAAGAAGGAAAGUUUGCUGCCUCUGUGGUGGCAGAUGGAUAUUCAAUAGCAGAAACUCUUGCAGACUUUGAGAUUGUUGUCACCAUUGUCAUCCUGAAGAAUGUCCUUACCUUCACUAGAGCCUUUGGGAGGAAUCUCCAAGGGGAAACACUCGAUGUGUUUUUUGCUGCCAACAGUCUAACAGCUGUCCUGCAUUCACUUAAUGAGGUCAACGAUAACAUAGAUGUCUACCAUGAAUUUUGGUACGAGGAAGCUGUGAGCGUGGCUACCGUGAUCGAGAUACCCGUCAAAGUUCCGAGGCUGUUUCUACGGAAACAGCGUGCAGCCGAUGUGGGUGAAAUUCAAGCUGAGCCGUAUUUUAAGGAGUAUGUUACCAUGCCUGUAAUCCACGGGAUCAUGCAGGAGGUGGAGGACAUGUUCUCUGAGACUAACCUCAAAGCCCUGAAGUGUCUGUCGCUGGUUCCGGCUGUCAUGGGCCAAAUGAAGUUCAACACCACUGAGGAGAACUACGCAGAUGUUUACCGGAAUGACCUCCCCAAUCCUGACACGUUACCUGCAGAGCUUCACUGUUGGAGAAUCAAGUGGAAGCACAGAGGCAAAGAGGUGCGCCUGCCCACCACCAUCCAUGAAACCUUGCAGCUCCCAGACGUUAAAUUCUUUCCCAAUGUGAACUCCUUCCUCAAGGUACUUUCCACCUUGCCGGUGCUGAAGCUAGAGGACAGCAAAAGUGACACGGCAAGUGGAAGGCUCCAGGCUUACCUCGACAGCAUGCCUCCUCAGCAAUGGAACAAAAGUCUUGCGAUGCUUAAUGUUAACACUCAUGUCAAACAUGACCUGGAUGUCAUGGUGGACAAAUACUGCAGACUGUAUCCAGAGGAUGACACUGAAGUUGACGCAGAGUCCGAGGAAGUAGCCGAGGAAGAUGCUGGGAUGAAAUGAUGUGAUGCAGUGAGCUGAACAGAACAGUCUGAAUUGAUUGCAUAAUUUUCGGGGGUGUAAAAACAUGUGGAUACAAGUACUAGUAAAUUUUAAUGGAGAUGUAAAUUAGCGCUUGACAUUCAUCUCUGAAGUUAAGCUGUUAUUGUAUUUGGUCAAAUGAAUAAAUGGUGUAUUUAAAUACACCACACACUUAAUCUUGCAUUGUAAACAAAUUCACAAAUUUGUCUGGAACAAAAUGAAUACUCAUUAUUCCUUGUGAACUUUUUGAAAAUUGUAAAUCAAAAAAAGAUCUGUAAACAUUCAAAUUCUGUGUCAACUUGUGUUAUUAGACAAGAGUCUUCUGUAAAUUUUUAUAUAUUUUUUUUUAUCUUAAAGUAGAUCUGUCAAGUACAUUUACAGCUCCCUGUUUCUUUCACUGAUCUCUGCUAGAGUAGCUCUAUAUAAUUUGCAGUUCAAAACAAUCAACUGCAGCCCCUUAGUUCAUCCUGUGUCUGAAACAUGCCAUUUUAUCUUAGUCAAAAAUCAAUGAGCUUCCAGUUGGGAGGGAAAAAUGUUUAUUUCCCGAUCGGUUGCUGCAAAAUUGAUUGCUAAAGACUUAUUUACACAGGCCUAGAGACCAGUCAGUGACAUUUUUGCAAAUGUUUUAGCUGCUGGCAGAUUGCUGCAGUUUCCUGUAGUGUACAUGGAGCAUCCUAACUUGCCUGCAGUCAGUCACAAACUAACCGUCAAGCUGUAAUGUUUGCAUACAAGUCAACAACUUUCAUGCAAAGUACAGCAAGGAGGGUUUUUUUGUGCAGCACCCUCUUUGCAGCUGCUUUCACCUACUGACGACCAGCAACUGCGUAAUAAAUACACACUUUUUGCUAGUAACCAGAGGGUUGCCUACUGAUCUCUAGGCCUGUGUGACUGAAGUCUUAACAGGGAUUAGUCGCUGGCUUCAUUGUUUGAAAGUUUGGUCAUAUCAAAAUGAGCAUUCUUUUUUUAACAUUUAGUUUAUGUCAUAUAUGACAGGAAAUGGGUCCACUUUUAAGGGCUUUCUAUGUUUUGUGCUUGAUGGGUUUUACUACUGAGAUUAACUGAUGGCCUGAUUUUUGUUUUCUGUUUGUUUUUUUUUGUUUUUGUAUUGUGCUUUUAAUUCAAACCACAUGAUGGAGGCAGAUGCCCCUGUUGAUUCACAGUGCAGGAAGCAGGAAGAGCAGGAGAGGGAGCAAUUCCAUCAAUAUCAGCAGCAUCCCUGAAUUAAUGCUCAGGAAAUGUUUUCUACUGUAGAGUGAAUUAGAAUGUCAAUUAUUUUGUACAGUUAAGUGCAAAUCUGUGGAAAGCUCAUCCCUGUACAGGCUAACAUGAUUUAAAUGGUCGUGCAUCACUGUUCUGAUUGUAAUGCAGUUAAAUGUUUGCUUCACUGUGCAGAUUGAUGCAGGGAUAGGAUAGGAGUCGGCAUAAAUGGGUUUGUUUGUUGUUGUGAUUAGCAUUUAUGGAAAGAUGGUUUCAUUUUCACCUCCACGCAUUUUAUAUAAAGUUUGUUUUGCUUAAAUAAGACUCUGUAAAGAAGACCAAUAAAGCCGCAGGCAGUGACCAAAAUA